GUCGGAUUUGUACCCCGCAGCCCUCGUUUUCUGGCGACCCCUUCUCCUGCCCACCCGUUACGAAGAAUUCUCGCUCUUGAUCCAAUUCCUCUCCUCCUCUGAUCUCCUCCGCUUCUGAUGGACUAACGUUGAAGCCGAUCGAUCGAUUGAUCGUCGAAGAUUUCUUGUUUUCGCGGCGUUGGGUUCUUUCUUGAGCAAAGUGGAUUAGGGUUUGACUUUUGGAUUCGAAGAGCAUCGACAAUGCCUUCGGUGCUCGGGGUCCAGAGGCGAGCGGGUGCGGCCACGGUACACUAUCAGAUCUCGUUCCAUGGAGGUUCUAGUAGUUGUUCCCAUCGUCUGAAACAGUUGGAGAAGUGGAAUCGUCGUGGUAAUCUCAGCUAACAUUAGGCCUCUAAGGGUAGAUCUUACCCUCGUUCUGUGGGAUUUCUCCUCGCUUUCGUCUUCGUCUUCUUGUUCUUCUUCUUCUUCGUCGUUUCAGCUUUUGGGGCAUUUCGCCUUAUUCUUGGAUUUGAAUCUGAGCGGUGCUCGGGGAACGCCAGAACUGUUUCCUUGGAUUCGGGCUUCGAAUUAUAGGUUUUUAAUUAUUUGCUCUUACUGGGGGAGAUUACAGUGUUUUCCGUCGAGUGGCCAGUGGAUGGGAAGUUCCAUGCCAAGUUCAACUUCUGAAGAUGUUGGCUGGAAAACAUGUUUCCACAGUCCUAACUAUGAGCAAGCAUGCGUGGAACAAGAACAAUGUACUUACGGCAUUACGGAAAAGAUUGUGAAGGGAAUAUCUCUAGAGGAUCUUGACAUUCAUUCUGUGACUGAGAAUGAUAAUUUAACCACUCGAGAACUUGGAAACACUCUUGAAGAAGUCUUGCAUAUUUGUGAUAACCAUGGGUGCUGGGAUGAUGGCAAUCUCACUUUAAAUCAGCAUGAGAUCUGCAGCGACACUGAGAUGCAAUCUCUCUAUGUCGAUACAAAUAUGUUGAAUGGUUUGUGCAAAUGUGAAAUGAUGCUACAUUCAGAAAUGUUGCAAUCACAUCCUUUAGACAUAGAUGUAGGGGAGGGAUUAUCAAGUCCAGUGGUGCAUAUCUUGAGUUCUUCUGAGCCUACUGUUCCAAAGUUGGUGUCUGCCAUGAAAGGAAGCCGUGCACAACAGGGAAUGAUUCCAAAAAUGAAGUUGUGUGUGAAAUGGUCGCCAGAUGUCUAUGACCCACCACCUACAUCUGAGUCACACACAAUAAAGGGUCACCGCCAUCGUCGUAAGUCGACAAAGAAGGAUUAUUACAAGCACAAGCACACCAAGGGCAAGUCUUCUCGAGGGAGUGGUGGUGACAGGAAACAUGCUUACAAGAGUAGCGCCAGCAAUCCAAUUGAUCCUCAAAAAUUACGAUUGCAAUCACUUCAUGAGAGACCACUAUUAAAUGAUUGCGACCAGUCAAAGGUGGAGGUCCUGGACUAUGCUGUUAGGACCCAAGAAUUGAACUGUGGAAGCAGCUUCUACAUUGAAUCACUUGCUCCAGUGCAUUUUUCAGUUUCCAGAGCCUCCUGAGUGGAAACUUCAUUCUGUGAAGCAAUGGUUUUCUUUGGUUGUGAACAAGAUCAAAACUGCCAGGAUGCAGAACAUUUUUGUGAUCCAUCGUCGUUGAAACUCCAGAACUGGAAUUCUCUAUUUGUUGGUUGAUGAUGUUCACCAUUAUGAAUGAUGCUCUUGUUUCCUCGUCCUUUCAGUAGAACUGAAGUGAUUUAGUUAAUUAGAUACAGCGUUGUUUGAGUAGUUCAUGCCAAUUGGAACAAUAGAUGAGCUAUCCCUGUUAACUAUCGUUUGUGUAUGGCGCCAUUUUUUGCUGGCGCAUGAAAAAGAACCCACCAGUUUUUUAUCUCUACUUUCUGGCGUUGGUGAUCUGGAGAGCUGGAAAGGGUACAAUUCUUGUUCUAAUAUGCUAUGAUAAUUUGAUACUUGAUAUUGCCUUGA